AUGAAGUUCGAAAUUACACCUUCCCGCGCUGCUGCGCUUGUCGCUCUCAUUGCAAGCGUCGAGGCUGCGAAGCAUGGCCAUGGCCACGCUCGUCACCAUGAAACCCGUGAGGUCGCCCUGGAGAAGAAGGGCGGACAGUGCCAGUUCCCCACCGACGCUGGUCUGGUUGCUGUGACUCCCAACGAGGAGAACGCCGGUUGGGCUAUGAGCCCAAACCAGCCCUGCAAGCCUGGAAACUACUGCCCAUACGCUUGCCCUUCGGGUGAGGUUUCCAUGCAGUGGGAUCCCAAGGCCACUUCCUACUCGUACCCUAUGUCCAUGAACGGUGGUCUAUACUGUGACGAGAGCGGAAAGAUCCACAAGCCUUUCCCUGACCGCGACUACUGUGAGUCGGCCGUCGGUGUGGUGAAAGCCCACAACAAGGCUGGCAAGCCUGUCUCUUUCUGCCAGACUGUACUGCCCGGAAACGAGGCCAUGAUCAUCCCCACCUUGGUCGAAGAGCUGUCCGACUUGGCCGUGCCCGGUACUAACUACUGGUGCUCCACCGCUGCUCAGUACUACAUCAACGCUCCCGGUGUGUCUGCCGAAGAGGGUUGCGUCUGGGGUACCAACGCCAACCCCUUCGGUAACUGGGCUGCUUACACUGCUGGUGCCAACACUGAUGACGUUGGUGACACUUACCUGAAGAUUGGCUGGAACCCCAUCUACCUGGAGCUCACUUGCCCCUUCCGCAACACCAAGCCCGACUAUGGUAUCGAGAUUGAGUGCGAGGGUGACGGCUGCAAGGGUCUUCCCUGCAAGAUCGACCCUGCUGUCAACGACGUCAACGAGAUGAUCGGUGAUCCCUUCACCGGUGCUGGCGGUGCCACUGGCUGUGUCGUGACUGUUCCCAAGGGCGAGACCGCCCGUAUCGUCGUCUUCGAGAAGGACGGCAGCGGUGGCUCCUCAUCUGAGACCAUUUCUGUUCCUGCCAGCUCUGCCACCAGCUCCAGCUCCAGCUCCAGCUCCAGCACUAGCACCUCGACUCCUACUCCUACCCCGACCAGCACCAGCACCAGCACCACCGAGACCCCCACCAGCACUCCUACCCCCACUUCCACCUCUACCCCUACCCCGUCGUCGACUUCAACCUCGACUGCCACCCCCACCUCCAGCUCGACCUCUACCAUCACCUCCAGCUCGACUAAGACUCCCAUUUCGAGCGCCACUCCCUCCAGCAGCACCCGUCUGCCCAAGUCAAGUCCCUCUCUGAGCUACACCUACCAGCCCCACGUCCUGACUGGUUCCGCCGAUAUCUCUGAGGCCUCCUCGACCACCGGUGCCGCCGCCGCAGCCUCGUCCUCCGGCACUGGCGGCGCCACCAGCGCCACCGUCUCCAUGAUGACUCUCGCGCUCGGUGCCGUUGCCGCCUUUGCCAUGAACCUCUAG